GUUGAGUUGGCACGAGUAAAUGAAAUAACUAAAUUAAAUGUGAAAAAAUAACGUGCCCGAUAUUUUUAAUAAUUUAUCAACACCGGUGGUCUCUUCCACGAGAUUUGUUUGUUUUUUUCGCUAAAAAAUGUCAACUAUUGCUAAACAAGGUGCUCAAGAAGAAUCGAAGAAGAUUGUAAGAAUUUAUGAUAAUUCGCAAUUGUUAAUACAAAGUUAUAUAAAUAACAGUUUGUUUAAAACAUUAUCGACAAGCGUGCUGUGCGUGAGGAAGAAACUUUAGUGAAUAGUAAUAAAAGAAAGCUUGGUGAUAGAAGAUUAGAUUUGCCAACCUGAGAGUUAUAUUGAACUACAUUAGUUUACAAAAUAGUUUUUGUUGUGAUAUUUAUAGUUUACUACCUUUAGAAAUACUAGUUUUUCGUUUUGACUUAGUUUUAUACUCUUAAUAUUAAAAUUUGUGAUAAAAAAUUAAUAAAACCUACAAAAAUGUCUCUGACUUUCGAAGACUCGACUUUCAACCCCGAUGAUUUGUGGCAGAAAUUCGAUUUGUUCGAAGAUGUCGAUAGUAUUAUCAAAACAGAGUUCUUUGGUGGAGAAGAUUGGGAUAGUUUGGAUGGUGAAGGACUUUUUGAUAAGGAUAUUUUAACAGGAGAACAUUAUGAUGAGGAUGUCACAAAUGCUGAUAAGUUUUUGUUGAGGGAUUGUAUGUGGUCUGGACGUUGUGUUGAUGAAUCCAUCAGCAAAACACCAGUAGUUAAAAAAGAGCCUGUUGAAACCAAGAAGCCUAAUAAUGAUAGUUUGUUGUUGAAUAACAUCAAAAAGACUUGCAACGAACAAAGGUUGAAUAAACAAAGUUUGAACAAACCUGUACAACCUGGAAGGUCCUUGCUGUUGCGAUCGAGGUACAACAAUCCUCCACAGCCAGGUAAAAAAAUUGGUCAAACUAAUUUGUUACCCGUGAACCAAGGUUUUAACUCCUUGAAUUUGCUGCAAGUCAUCAAGCAAGUCGAAGACAAUGUCGACAAUUUUGAUAAAAAAUUCAAUAUGUUCCCAUCACCACCAGACAGCAGCGAGGAGAACGAAAACGAUGAUGACCAGAACAAAACCAAAAGUAUUUUACUAAAUCCUGACAUCAAAAUUAAACAAGAACCUGUCGACACCAAAACCAAGAACGACUUCGAUUUGUUCAACAACAAAAAACUAUUCUCUUUAAGUGACUCCGAAGAAUCUGGUUUAGACUUCGACAACGACAUGUUCUCCGACAACGAAUGCUUCACUUUUAAAUCCUUCAACGGCUUCGACAAUACCAAAAUCAAAUUAGAGAUGGACAGCGAAGACGAAGAGUCCUUUAACCUUAAGACUAAAAUUAAAAAGGAGCCAGUGUCUCCUAAGAAGACGAAUGACUUGACCAGGUUUAGGCAGCAGCAGGAGCAGCAGCAAAGGAUUGUAAGGAAUAAUCCUUGUGAAACUGAUCAUUGUUACAGUUUAUUGAAACAUGACGGAGUGAGGGACAAAUCUCUGGAUAGGAACAUGAUGGGCAUGCUGGGAGUGCAGACACCAUCCGACUCUGAAGAGGAAGAAAUCGACGUAGUAUCCUUAGGAGUAUCUCACAACCAACCAGAUUCUGGUUACUACAAUUCCAACAUCAGUUCCUUCAACAAUGGUAAAGCAAAUCUGCCAACAUGUCCAUCGAAGCAGGACAGAAGACAACUACAACUGGAAGUCACCAGGAAGAUCUCCGAGAGCAGCAGCAGAAUAAACAAUGAUUUGAUUAUAAGAAGAUCAAAUGUCAUUCCUGAAUCCCAAAUCGUGAAACAACCUGGUGGUCUUAAAACACUUGUACCGAGGUCUAGACCGUCUUAUAACAAUUCCAGCAGGGACGAUUCUGAUGAUGAUUAUGAGGUUCCAUCAUCAAAGACAAAAUCGAAUCCAAAAACAAAUCGAAAGAGGAAAAGGGACAAGAGUGCAAGUUCUGAUGAUGAAUUCGACAUGGACUAUUCGCAAUCUCAGGAGUUCUCAACAUCAGCAAACGAGAGCAGUUCUUCGAGUCAACUCAAACCCAUGAAGAAACGAGGAAGGAAACGAAGAAGCGAUGAUGACAACGUCUGGAACAACCAUAAUGGUGUGGAGCGUUCCUCUCGUUCAGCCCACAAUGAUAUGGAGAGGAGGCGAAGAGUUGGCCUCAGAGUUUUGUUCGAGGAACUACGACAGGCAGUUCCACAACUGAGCUCUCGAGAAAAGGCUCCAAAGGUGUCAAUUUUAAGAGAGGCAGGAGCCCUUUGUCGAGAACUGAGGGCACGAGAGGAGGAGAUGAAAUUUCAAAAGAGGGAACAAAAAAGACUUUUGGAACGAGUCAGGGAGCUGAGGCGAGAACUUGCAAGUUCGAGAGCAUAA